AUGUAUAAUGAGUUCUUUGAGGGAUUUGAGCCACUUAUUGCUACUGAUAUUGCACAGGCAGCUAUUUACAUGCUCCAGCAGCCGCUGAAUGUGUCAGUGAAAGCAAUGGAUGUUGUUCCUUCAGGUAUGUAUUGUCGAGUCCAGGUUCUUGUCUUGUCUCGUGGUUCUAAUGAUGCCUUUCAGCGCAACGAUCGAUUAACGUUUUCGAUCGAACAUGGAACGAGCGAAGGGGAUGUAUAUAUGGAUAUUUAA